GGGUGUACAGUGAGAAGAUGAGAUUCUACUUCCUCCUUGUCUAUAUGAAAGGUGAACCCUUCGGGGCAUGAACUAUUUCUUAUGAUGUGUAUGGGGAGCACAAUGGGGCCUCAAUCUCGCACAGGGUCUCUAGCCCCAUAAUAUCGGGGACUAAAAAAUCAGCUGCAUGUGUCAAUAUUGGUAAUAAACAUAUUGCUCUUGUCAUUCACCUGCCUGCCAUUAGGUGUUUGCAGCACAGUUUUCUGUCCUUCCAAGGACAGAACCAGAAAUAGAUUCGACUGCCUCUCUGCAGCAGCUGCUAUGUGCCAUACAUGUCAAAAAGGAAAUGACACUGUAAUGUUUGCGCGUUGAUAUUUCUGCUUCUUCUAACUUGCGGAAAGGGCUGACUAGGUACGUGUGGGAGGGGGGCGGUAAUUUUACAUUUUGUAACUGUGGGCAGACUUCUCAUCCUUUUGGAAAACUCAUUUCUGGGCAGUGCCUUCUAUUUCCAUUGUCCUGCAAAAACUGGCUACUUACCAGGAAUCAGCAGCUGGAUGUCAGGUUGACAUAGUCAUCAGUGUGGUGCAGUUAAAUUAUCCAUCUGCAAAACAUGCCACGUCACGAGUCUAGAACGAAAUAAAGUGUUUAGAGCAAAGGGGUUGAGGGGGAUUCAGGAUCUGGCAAAUCGGGAGCAAGGAGCCAGCAGGCAGAAAUCAGGAUAAAGAAUGAAGCCUGAACGAGCUGAUAAAAGCCAGGAAGCUGCUAACCGAUGGAUCGGUCCUAUUCACCUAAAUGAAAUAGCAUGUACAGGGUCAGAAAAAUCCAUCACGGACUGCAAGUUCAAUACAGAGUCGCUGCGUUGUAAUCAUGAGGAAGAUGCUGCUGUAAGGUGCAACAUUCCAGCCAUGGGUUUCCAGAAUCAGCUGCGUCUGAGUGGUGGCCGCAACCCAUAUGAGGGCCGGGUAGAAGUCCUCAUGGAGCGCAAUGGGACCUUGAAGUGGGGGACAGUCUGCAGUGAGAAAUGGAGCACCGUGGAAGCCAUGGUGGUUUGUCGCCAGUUGGGCCUUGGCUUUGCUAGCCAUGCCUUUCAGGAAACUUGGUACUGGCAUGGAGACAUCAGUGCUGAUGAUGUCAUUAUGAGUGGCGUGAAGUGUUCAGGCACGGAGAUGUCCCUGGGUCACUGUCGGCAUGAUGGCACCAGAGUUUCAUGUCCCAGGGGUGGUGGCCGCUUUGCUGCAGGAGUUUCCUGCUCAGAAACUGCCCCUGACCUGGUGCUCAACGCCGAGCUGGUGGAGCAAACCUCUUACCUGGAGGACCGGCCGAUGUUCAUGCUGCAGUGUGCGCUGGAGGAGAACUGCCUGGCUUCUUCUGCUGCCAACACAUCCAUUACCUCAGGCUACCGGAGGCUCCUGCGGUUCUCUUCCCAGAUCCACAACAAUGGGCAGUCUGACUUCCGCCCAAAGAAUGGCCGCCACGCCUGGAUCUGGCAUGACUGUCACAGGCAUUAUCACAGUAUGGAAGUCUUCACACACUAUGAUCUGCUGAACCUCAAUGGGACCAAGAUAGCUGAAGGACACAAAGCCAGUUUCUGUUUGGAAGACAGUGAAUGCGAAGCAGAUGUGCAGAAACAGUAUGAAUGUGCCAAUUUUGGUGAACAAGGGAUCUCAGUUGGAUGUUGGGAUGUGUAUCGCCAUGAUAUUGACUGCCAGUGGAUUGAUAUUACUGAUACUCCACCAGGAGAUUACCUCUUCCAGGUGGUCAUCAACCCAAACUUUGAAGUUGCAGAAUCUGAUUAUUCAAACAAUGUGAUGAAAUGCAGGAGCCGAUAUGACGGUCAGCGCAUCUGGAUGUAUAACUGCCAUAUAGGUGGCUCCUUCAGCGAAGAAACAGAAGAGAAGUUUGAUCAUUUCAGCGGACUGACAAAUAAUCGGGUGUCCACUCGAUAGAACAGCCUUGCCUCGCCCCCCACUCUAUUUAAGGAAGCAGGGAUGCCUCUCAGUGACUUCCCUAACCACUGCACAGAAAAAGAAUCAAGCAAGCAAUCAUGAACUUAAGUUAGCUGUGUAAGUUAUUUUCAGUGAUGCCCUCCAUACUUAUUCCAGGUGCUCAGCACAAUAAGGAGCUAACUCUGUAGUCCUCAUCCUUAAUGUUCUGAUUUUGGACCAGGCUGUAAUUCUACUAGGCCCUACUCCCCUAAAAAUUGGGCUGCAUAUCCAUCUAUCCGUCCAGUCUUACCUUUCACUAGAGCUCCCUUCCUCUCUUGCAAACCUUCUAGGCUGCAGUUAGUAGAGUAUGGGUAUGGUGGUUGCAUUUGGGUGAUGAUAAUAGGAAUGCAUUUCUGUAUUCCGCUUUUAAAUGCACUUCAACCUUGGCUGCCUUAUCCCCUUCUCGCAAUGUUUUAGCUUUAAGUCAAGUCUGAGCAUGCCCCUAAUGCAAAAACCUACAUUUGUGAUAUAGCUUCUUGGAAAUAAUGCCAUGCAAAUACCCAGUUUAGCAAGGAAGUGGCUGGUAUGUCUAAGAGAGAAACUGGAGCAGCCUUUCUGAGAAGAGGGGAGAAAGCGUAAUGUAAUACUGUGACACAAUUUUUAGAUCCAAACACUCUACUUGCAUCGCAAUCUUCUUAACAUCUAAAGCAGGCCCUCUCAGCACUGUGUACUUACACAGUGCUGAGAUUACCAGACCUCGACCAAGCAACAACUCAUUCAUGAAAUCUCGUAUGCCUCCUUGUGGCAGGAGUCCACUAGAAUAUAUUUAUUUUCCACAGCAAGUUAAUUCACCCAGUAAAUCCUAUGUGCAGCUGUAUAUUUCCUUCCAGCACCUUUAAGCUGGAUAUUAAAUUGGUGCCUUUUCUGUAAAAGAUGUUAAAGUGCGACACCAAUAUACUUUGCAAUGAUAACUUAUUGGCCUUUUUUGUCACAGAUCUGGACCACAUGCUAUGUCAGACCACCUGUAUAAGUUGAUAACUUUUACACUUCCAUAACUGCAUAUUGGUGCUAACUGUACUCCUCUGUUUGUUUGAGGCAGAACAGUGUUUGCAGACACACACCUACUUGAAAUAAAAAUCUGUUUUGGGCAGAAGAAUGCUUUAUAUGCAAUGUAUGUGUAUUUUCGCUGAAUUCUGUCUCCUCUCCACUGUGUGGGUAGAGCAAAGGACUGUGUGUCAGGAUCUUUGGGUUUUACUCCCACUGGCUUGGACUUCAGGGAAAUCGUGUAGAGACACCAAUGGCUUGAAGUCCUUCAUCUUUAAAUACAGGUAUUGCACCAGGUCCUGUGGCACCAUGACACUAUUGUGGCCUUAAUUCUCCCUCCGUUUGUGUGUGUUUAAAAAAGAAAAAAGGAAAAAAAGGACCCACAUGAACAGGAAACUGUGAAUUUGACUCAACCAAUAUGGCUGUUGAAUGCUAGACUUGCCUUAAGUGUGUAACAACAGAUUAAAUGGUUUCAGUCUGUUA